CCUGGCUGGCAAGCUCUGGUGCUCCGGGCCCUGGCUGUCUGCCCCUGUGGCCUGGCUUACUCGCCUGCUCCCCACACCUUCCCCAGCUGCAUCUUUGCCCUGUUGAAGCAUGACCUGGAGGUCGCAGUCAAGUGCAUCAACAAGAAGAACCUCGCCAAGUCCCAGACGCUGCUGGGGAAGGAAAUCAAAAUCCUCAAGGAACUAAAGCAUGAAAACAUCGUGGCGUUGUAUGACUUCCAGGAAAUGGCCAACUCCGUCUACCUGGUCAUGGAGUACUGCAACGGCGGGGACCUGGCCGACUACCUGCACACCAUGCGGACGCUGAGCGAAGACACCAUCAGGCUCUUCCUGCAGCAGAUUGCAGGCGCCAUGCGGCUGCUGCAUAGCAAAGGCAUCAUCCACCGCGACCUGAAGCCCCAGAACAUCCUGCUGUCCAACCCAGGGGGGCGCCGCGCCAACCCCAACAAUAUCCGCGUCAAGAUCGCCGACUUCGGGUUUGCCCGGUACCUCCAGAGCAACAUGAUGGCAGCCACGCUCUGCGGCUCCCCCAUGUACAUGGCCCCAGAGGUCAUCAUGUCCCAGCACUAUGACGGGAAGGCAGAUCUGUGGAGUAUCGGCACCAUCGUGUACCAGUGCCUGACAGGGAAAGCACCCUUCCAGGCCAGCAGCCCCCAGGACCUCCGCCUUUUCUAUGAGAAGAACAAGACACUGGUCCCCACCAUCCCCCGGGAGACCUCCGCACCCCUGCGGCAGCUGCUUCUGGCCCUGCUUCAGCGAAACCACAGGGAGCGCAUGGACUUUGAUGAGUUCUUCCGUCACCCAUUCCUUGAUGCCAGCCCCUCAGUCAAGAAGUCCCCACCCGUGCCGGUGCCCUCGUACCCAAGCUCAGGCUCUGGCAGCAGCUCCAGCAGCAGCUCCACCUCCCACCUGGCCUCCCCACCGUCCCUGGGCGAGAUGCCGCAGCUGCAGAAGACCCUGACCUCCCCAGUCGAUGCCGCUGGUUUCCUGCAUGGCUCCCGGGAUUCAGGCGGCAGCAAGGACUCUUCGUGUGACACGGAUGACUUCGUUAUGGUCCCGGCCCAGUUUCCAGGUGACCUGCUGACCGAGGCACCUGGUACCAAGCCCCCGGCAGACAGCCUGAUGUGCAGUGGGAGCUCGCUGGUGGCCUCUGCUGGCCUGGAGAGCCGCGGCCGGACCCCGUCUCCACCCCCUCCCUGCGGCAGCUCCCCCAGCCCCUCGGGCCGGGCUGGCCCGUUCUCCAGCAGCAGAUACGGAGCCUCCGUCCCCAUCCCAGUCCCCACGCAGGUGCACAACUACCAGCGCAUUGAGCAGAACCUGCAGUCGCCCACCCAGUGCCAGGUGCCCCGAUCGGGCAGCACCAGCCCUCUGGGCUUUCCCCGGGCCAGCCCGUCACCCCCAGCCCACAUGGAACAUGGAGCCGUGCUGGCCAGGAAGACAUCCCUGGGUGGGGGCCGGCCCUACACACCAUCUCCGCAAGUUGGGACCAUCCCCGAGCGGCCGGGCUGGAGCGGUACACCCUCUCUACAGGGAGCAGAGAUGCGGGCCAGCAGGUCUCCUCGGCCAGGUUCCUCUGCACCCGAGCACUCCCCGCGCACCUCUGGGCUGGGCUGCCGCCUGCACAGCGCCCCCAACCUGUCUGACCUGCACGGCGCCCGUCCCAAGCUGCCAAAACCCCCCACGGACCCACUGGGCAUGGCCUUCAGCCCUGCGCAGGCCAGCCCCCCUCCAGCCCACGGACUGCAGUCCUGCCGGACCGUGCGUGGCUCGCCCAAGCUGCCCGACUUCCUGCAGCGGAACCCCCUGCCCCCUAUCCUGGGCUCCCCCACCAAGGCCAUGCCCUUGUUCGACUUCCCCAAGACCCCCAGCUCCCAGAACCUGCUUGCCCUGCUGGCCCGGCAGGGCAUGGUGGUGACGCCCCCUCGGAACCGGACACUGCCUGACUUCUCGGAGGUGGGGCCUUUCCAGGCUCAACCACUGGGCCCUGGCUUGCGACCUGGCGAGGACCUGAAGGGCCCCUUUGGCCGGUCCUGCAGCACCAGCCGGCUCACCGACCUGCUUCUGAAGGCCGCCUUUGGGACGCAGGCCCUGGACUCGGGCAGCACCGACAGCCUGCAGGAGAAGCCCAUGGAGAUUGCGCCCUCUGCUGGCUUCGGAGGGAGCCUGCACCCGGGAGGCCGCGCCAGCGCCAGCAGCCCUGCCCCGGUGGUCUUCACCGUGGGCUCCCCCCCAAGCGGGACCACGCCCCCCCAGGGCCCCCGCGCCAGGAUGUUCUCAGUGGGCUCCUCAGGCUCCCUGAGCUCUGUCGGUGCCUCCUCUACCCGCCACCUGGUGCCUGGGGCCUGCAGCGAGGUGGCCCCAGAGUUCCCUGCCCCUGGCCACUGCUGCAGCUUUGCUGAUCCCCUUGCUGCCAACCUGGAGGGUGCCGUGACCUUCGAGGCCCCUGACCUCCCCGAGGAGACCCUUAUGGAGCAAGAGCACACAGAGAUCCUGCACAGCCUUCGCUUCACGCUGCUGUUUGUCCAGCACGUCCUGGAGAUCGCGGCCCUGAAGGGCAGCGCCAGCGAGGUGGCCGAGGGCCCCGAGCACCAGCUGCAGGAGAGCGUGGUGGCCGACCAGAUCAGCCUGCUGAGCCGCGAGUGGGGCUUCGCAGAGCAGCUGGUGCUGUACCUGAAGGUGGCCGAGCUGCUGUCCUCGGGCCUUCAGACCGCCAUCGACCAGAUCCGGGCUGGCAGGCUCUGCCUGUCGUCGACCGUCAAGCAAGUGGUGCGUAGGCUCAACGAGCUGUAUAAGGCCAGCGUGGUGUCCUGCCAGGGCCUGAGCCUGCGGCUGCAGCGCUUUUUCCUGGACAAGCAGCGGCUCUUGGACCGCAUCCACAGCGUCAGUGCCGAGAAGCUCAUCUUCAGCCAUGCCGUGCAGAUGGUACAGUCGGCUGCACUGGACGAGAUGUUCCAGCACCGCGAGGGCUGUGUGCCACGCUACCACAAGGCCCUGCUGCUUCUGGAGGGGCUGCAGCACCUUCUGUCGGACCAGGCCGACAUCGAGAACAUCGCCAAGUGCAAGCUGUGCAUCGAGCGGAGACUCUCGGCCCUGCUGAGCGGCAUCUGUGCCUGACCUCUGGGCAGCUCGCAGGCAGGGGCUGAGCCGCCAGGUACCCUGGCCACAUGGUUGGGGUGGCCCCCUGCUGGGCUGUAGGACACCCGUGCGGUGGUCUCAGCUCCUCCCCCUCCGGCUGCCUCCCACAGCAGGCUCAGGCGCCAAGGGAUGGCAGGUAGGUAUCUGGGCACCCACUGUCCCUGAGAUCUGUGCCAGCCCCCAGGACAGGCUAGGCCCCAACAGCGCCGCCAGCUUGAAGCCAAAGCAAGCUCCUCAGCCAGACCUGCCCGCCUGCUACCCGGGAGCAGGCCUCUGGCUUCAUAUCCAGGACCCUCUCCCUCUGAGACCACCCACCCAGCUUUGUAAAUCACCUGAGCACUUUAUGCAGAGACACGAGACCCUCACCUCGCCGUGGACCGCCGGGAAGUGACCCUGGCAUGACCACGGUGUCUGUACAUACACGAAUACACACGUGCACACAUAGACAGCCUGGCGCGCUGGGGCCAGCUGCCGGUGUCGACCUCAGAGGCCGUCCGCCCAGAGGGUGACACAGUGCUGGGUCUCAGUGUCUUCAGGGCCGGGCAGCAUGGGACUCCGUGCGUGCUAAGCCCAGAACACGUAAUCAUUCACACUUUAUUCCUAAAAUGUGUCUUAUUUUUAUGCAGCUUAUUUUUUCUUUAAAGGAGAAAACUCUUAGGUGUUUAAGAAAUGGUUUUGGGACAUUGGGCCGGGCAGGGGGUAUGUGGCGGGUGGGAGGCUUUCGGGCCUUCUGCCUGCACCUGUGCCAUCCUCUGCCGGCCUGUCCUGUGUGGCCACCGGGCGGACGGACAGGUGGGGAUGAACACUGUGCAGAGAUGCGCCCCUCGUGGUGGCCACGCCUGCCCUGCCCCUGCCUCCUGGGGCGCCGAUGGGGUCUGCCGAGAGCCCUGCCUGCCCAGCCCUCAGCUCGGCCCCGUCUGGAUCUACUUGAACGAAUCCCAAGUCCGCAGGAGGCAGCGGUGGGUCCGUGUCCCCGGCAGGGACCCAAGGUCAUCACCACAUACACAGAUGCACACACGUGUGUUUUCUUCGCAAUACUUGAAAUAUUGCCACUGUGCUUGGACUUGAGGAAAGCAAGCCGUGACUCCUUACCUUGAUGGCUUUAUCCCCUGCUGCGCCGUGUUAGUAUUUAUUGCUCUACGGGCGACUGGAACUCUCGGCCACUGGGAGCUGUUGCUGUGGGCUGUACCUAGCAUCUGGCCCCACUGCUCCGGUGGCAGCCACGUGUGUCCCGCAUGUGUGUGUGUCCGGAGCAGGUCCUGGGUGCCUGACUCGAACGCUUCUCCUGGGUGUAUGUUCUCAGUGAGACCGUGGUCAGCCCCUUGUCUAUUUUAAAACGAAUUUUGUGUGGUUUCCCCCUUUUGCGUUACGUUGUGUAAUAGCAACUAAAGGAAUAAACCUUUGGAAUUGUUGG